UAGAAUAUUGACAGGUCACAAAAGGGGGAAAAUUGCAUGCCUGAGAAGGUUAAUUAGCAAUAGACUUUAGUCAUUCGUCAAAUUUUCCGUGCUCAUACUGUAUGCAUGAUAUUUGUCUUAUUUCCAGUUGUGAUUGUCAUACAUGGAUUAUGGAAUGACUGUUUUCCUGGUGCACAGUUGCAAUAUAAAAUGUAUUUGCAAUAUAAAAACUUUAUUUGUGUUUUUUUUUUUAAAUUGGCAGGCAUUACAGUCAGUGCCACACAGCAUUUCUUCCUUUAAUACACAAGUUAGGAGGGGGAAAACAAUAAAAAAAAGUGCAGGAUCAGAGCUGGGAACAUGUGAUGGGAUAGCUGGGGAAAGUCACGUGACGCUGGUGUCACCUGUGGCUAUUAUUAAUUCUUCACCUCUCGGGUUCUUUAAAACGAGCUCCUAAAACGGAUCUCACUCGAAUUUCUGCCACUUUUCUCUUUCUUUCUUUUUUUUUCUUUCUUUUUUUUUUUUUUUAACAGCCUCCUCACCAACGUGACAAUAUCAGGCCUGCAAGUUAGUGCGCUUUUAACAUGCGGUAAUUUUGACCAUGCCCAAGAUUUUUAUUCCACUUUUGAAUAUAAUUUGCUGAAGUUAAAUAAAUAAAAUAAAAUAAAAUAAAAUAAAAAAGGAAAAAAAAAGCUUCUCAGGAUGUUCACUCCGAGAGAAAACCUCUGUCGCCGCUUCCAGGCCAACAUCUUUAACAAGAGGAAAUGCCAGAACUGCUUCAGAACUGCGGAUUCACACACACUCAGUGAACCCGAUUUACACGCAAUUAAACCUGUGAAAGCUGGUUGGCUUCUUUUAGCACCGAAUGGUAUAGACGUUCUGAAUCCUGUCCGUAAGAACCGGAAAUGGCAGCGACGGUAUUUCAUCCUGUAUGAGCAUGGGCUUCUGCGCUAUGCUUUGGAUGAGAUGCCUGGUACUCUGCCCCAGGGCAGUGUGAACAUGAGCCAGUGCACUGAUGUGCUGGAUGCCUCAUCCCAGACCAACUUCUGCAGCAGCCUUCGCCUCUGCUUCAGUGACGGAGAUUAUUAUAUAAGAACAGAGAAUGCAGAGAGCAUCACUGGGUGGCAAGAAAUCCUGCUCGGUCACUCAAAUGCUGCGAAAACAAACCAAAAGAAGAGAAGGAGAGAGCAAGCACUCCCACUGCAUAACCUAAAGAAGCAGGCAGUACCUGAAAGAAACCAGGUGUCCAACGGCAGUAAUAGCGACUAUAUCCUGAACACCAGCUGCAGCAGUGGUAGCAGAAGCACCACCAAGAAAAGAAGCCCUGAAAACUGUAGAACCACUAGGGUUAAUAUUGAAGAUCUAAACACCAGAAUUGGUGCUGAAGGCAUUAAUGUUCGUCGACGUGACAGUAUAGACACAAGUGGCAGUGAUAUAGGGUGUGUGGAGGUUGGUUGUCCACUCCCUUCUUCUCCAAGGGUGGGGCUUCAAGAGAAACACGAGGAGCUCAAUGGGAAAGGAGGAGUCCACUCCAGCAACAGAACAAGCCAUGCCAACGCUCCCAAUAGCUCCUCAAUGAGCUCCUACAUCUUCUCAACGCUUGGUCAGCUUCCUGCUCACUUCAGCACAAACGCAUCUAAGAGCCGUGAGGGCAUAGAGAGUGGCUAUUCUUCUUUGGAGAAAACUAGAUCUGAUGCUGAGGACACACAGACAGGCCCUGACCAGGACUACAGGUGUGAACGUCUCACCCAUCCACUACUUUAUACCGUGAGCUCCACUACCCAACUUCUGUUACCCAGGCUCGGUUCUCUGAGACCUGCAAACAGUGGAUUUGAAUGUGUGAUCGGUGAUUGGGAGGGACAGAUAAUUAGUCUAAUGGAAGAGAAGGGACAGCAGCAGGUACAUGCAUCAGGAUCCCAUUUGCUCAGGUGUGAAAGAGGUGAAACGCACAGAACCCACAGCCCUGGAAGAGAAGAGGUGUACCGUCUGUUCGGAAAGCAGCGCAGGCGAUCACAGGCGAUUAGUCAGUUCGAGCAGGAAAAUGGGAUGCAUAUACCUGCCAGUGAGCCGUGUUCCUCUUCAUCAAUAUCUACCUGCUCUGCUGCAGAAUAUGAUCAAGACGAGAGCGCAAACCACCGCGCAACACGGGCGUUUGCUCGUGGUCACGGUGCAUCUGGUGUCUCUGCCUCCACCUGUCGACGCUCCAAAUCGCUGGAGCGCAAUCUGGCUGAACACACUCCUACGCCUGACCUGUUAAAUUUUAAGAAGGGAUGGAUGACGAGAUUGGGAGAAGAUGGAAAGUGGAGGAAGCAUUGGUUUGUUCUUACUAACCAGAGUUUAAGAUUCUACAGGGAUUCAGUUGCUGAAGAGGCUGCAGAUCUGGAUGGUGAGAUCAACCUGUCCACUUGUUAUGACAUCACAGACUUUCCUGUGCAGAGGAACUAUGGCUUUCAAAUUCAUACUAAAGAUGGAGUUUUUACACUCUGUGCAAUGACAUCUGGGAUUCGCCGGAACUGGAUUCAGGCAGUCAUGAAGAAUAUUCAGACAUCUGUUGCCCCUGAUGUCACAUGCUCUCUUCCUCAAAAGGUGCCAGUGGGUAUGGAUUCUGAGUGUAAAUUCCCCUCUGCUUCAAACUCCUCACGAUCAGAGGAGGAGGAGAAGAGGAGCAGUGUCGGUGAACGUCGAAGAGAGGGGCGUUACAAAACUUUUGACUGGGCUGAGUUUAGUCACAUGCGGAAGAAAAGGGAGACACUCAGCAGGCAGUCGGGAAUAGAAUCAGAGUUUGACUGUUGUGACUCCAUACCCCCUGCACCUGCGCCGUCUCCUGAAGAACCUCUCGCAAGCUCCAUCACGGUGGUGCAUGCUGAGAUGGGCCAGGCUCCACACAUUACGAUGCCCAUGGACUCCUCACCGCUCAUGGUGAGAUCCAGUAUUGUCACCAGUAAACCAAGUGACCAGAAAAGUGCAGAGGUUGACACUGUGGAUCUCUUUAAUGACAUUUCUAAUGCACCGAUGGAAGGAAAGAAAGAGACUGAUCUUUACUCCUCACCAUUACCAGUCACAUUUUCCUCAUUGUCAGUGCAAACAGAGUGGCAGUGGGAGCUGGAGCUUCAAACACUCCACAGGGAACUGAAGGCUAUGUAUGAGAGAAGUGAGAGAGAAGGGAAGGAGUAUAAACACUCUGAGGCCCGCCUCCAGACUGAGUUGAGUGACAGUCUGGAUCGCCUACAUGAAACAGAGUCAAAACUGCGGAAAACUGAAGCCACCCUGAGGGAAAGAGAGAAUGAGCUGGAGGAAUUGCAAAGUUGUUUGGAAGAAGUUUCAGGACGUCUGAAGGCUACAGAGGAGGCGCAGGCUCUGAAAGAUGUUCGCCUACAGAGACACUUGCGCCUCCUGGAGGAGAGUCAGGAAAGGGAGAGGAGAAGUCUCUUCGAUAGUCUUGAGCAUGCAGAGAAGCGGGGGAAGGAACUGGAGGAGCGGCUUAUGCAAACAGAAGUGAUGCUGCAAAAGAUGCCAACAAGGGGCAUAGUGGAGCAGUUGGAGAGAAAGUGCCAAGAACUGCAGAACCAGCUAGAUGAAUCGGACGGCGAGUUGAGUAGGUUGCAGGCACGGCUUCAGAAUGAGGAGACGCUGUACUAUGAUAUGGAGCAUAAAUACGAGCAAGUAUGUGAGGAGUUGGAGUUUGUGCGUGGAACAUUGCAAAACUGUGAGAGGGUAUGUGAAGAGCGCUUUAGAAUCCAGUUGGAGCAGCAAGAAGAAAAGCUUAAUAGGAAGGAGCGGGAGCUGCAAGAAGUGUUUCUCAAAAUGGGUUGCUCGGGUACGACUCUGGAAAAGACCGAACACACAUGGCUGAAAGAGAAGAGCCCAAGCACUCGGGAGAAGGGCAAGAAUUUUGGGUAUGGUUAUUUGGAGAAACCACCAGCUGCACAGGGAGAUGAAUCAGAACAAGUAAUCUCUGUGAUACAGGCAUUGGAGAGCAAGUUGUGUGACACAGAGGAGAGGCUUCAGGAGAUCACUGUGCAUCUCCAACAACAGCAGCAAAAACUUGGUGAUGAGGUUAUUGCUUGUAAAGUGGAUGAUCAUUGGAAUGUGCAGAUACCCAGUGAGUCACUGGGGCCAGGUAGUAGAGGUGACAACCCAGAUGGAAAACAUUGUGGGAUCCUACUGGAAAAGAUUGCUACUAAUAAGAUGCUUAACUUUGAUCUCCAGGAAGCCUUGCAAGAAGAAUGUACUAGUCCAGAGAAGCACUUAUCUCAAGGGAUGACUAGCAGGAUGCUGUCCCUAGAAGCAUUGGUCAUCCAGAGGAUGGCUUCUGCACUAGAGCAUCCCAGCAAACACCUCUUGGAGGGGUUUUCAGAAUUGCAAUCCCAGACAAAGGCCCUUAGAGAAGCUUAUGAUGGGAGGCAUGAAGGACCAGUCACAAGGAACUACUUACAGUUGUUUUCUUACUAUCAGGAGAUGGGUGAGGCAGGUUGCUCACUGGAUGAGUGUGAGGUCUAUAGGUUGUGUAUGAAAGCAGAACUAGCAUACCUCAUAUACACAUACCACCUACACAACCCAGAUGAAGCGCAUGGGCCACAGGCCUUUAAUCCCCCAUUUUAUCUUGGGUCUGAUGUUACACCACUUGAUACCAAAGAAGAAACCAGUUCUAACACAGGACUCUGGCUAUCUGAUUUCAGCCUACCUGAACUGGUGCCAUGUAAGGAACAGAUGCAAGGUGAAAAGGUGGGAUACUGCCCAGGAGAAAUGGACAAAGACAGUCUAGUGGUAGAGCUGCAGGCACAGGCCCGUUCCCUUCAAGCCCUCUCCAAGCAGCUGCAUCCUUUGGAUGAAGAUGCAGGUGCACUGUCUGAUCUUUCUCCAGUACUCCUGCGGACUGUGUUCUUCCAGGCCAUUUUGGCAUACAUGACAAGCCGACUACACGUGACUCUGCAGCGGCAAGUGCGUCUCUUGCAAGAUCAGCGGGAGCAGGCUGUGUGCCAGUGCCACAGACUGGAGGGCCUGUUGCAAGAACAGGCUGAGCGCCAUGAGGAAAAGCUGCGUGAGGAUCGUGUGGUCAUAGAGGUGGCCGAGCUGGCGCGCGUCUCAGCUGAGACAGAUGCCCAGAUAAAGGGACAAGAAGUGCAGCAACUGGAGGAGACAUUUGAGAAAAAUCUCCAGGAGCUUCAGCAAAUCCAUGAAGAAGAGAUGACACGUCUCCAUGGAUACUUAACUCAGAGCCAGUCACAGACUGUGACCCCCAAUGAAUCCAGUAAUGGAGAUUGCAAACUUUCUGUGACCUCUAUGAAGGAAAGAAUCAGUGAGCUGGAGCUACAGAUUAGAUGCUUGGAAGAUGAGAUUCGCAGGGGAGAUGCAAACACCUUGAGACAGGCCUAUGAAAAGGAACUGGAGACACUUAAGGUUACCUGUGAACUUGGCUUCAGCAGCAUGGAGCAGAGUCAUCAGAGGGUGAUUGAGGAGAUGCAGCGGCAACACCAGAUAGAGGUGGAACAGCUGCUGGAAGAGAAAGAACGAGUACUCCAGGAAGAAACCAAUGCCACAAUUGCAGCCAUUGAGGCCAUGCGCAAAGCUCAUAAGGAGGAGAUGGAGAAAAGUCAAAAAGCUCAGCAGAAUGGAGCCAGCACAGACCUCAACAAGCUGCGUGCCCAUUUUAAAGACGAGCUGGAUUCACUACACAGGGAACUGGAGGUGCUCUCUGAGCAGUACUCUCAGAAAUGCCUGGAGAAUGCACACCUGAAUCGAGCCCUAGAGGCAGAGAGACAAGCCCUGAGCUCUGUCGAGAGAGACAACCAGGAACUCCACACACGCAAUCAAGAGCUAAAUAAGCGCAUGGUGGCGGAACUCUCCCUAAUGCACUCUUGUGUGACUGGCGGAGUAGAACAAACCGAGCCAUCUCAGGGCAAAGAUGUGAUUCAGCUGGAGGUGGCAUUACGAGUGAAGGAGUCAGAAAUUCAGUGUCUGAAGCAAGAGAUCAGAUCUCUACAGGAGGAGCUGCAGGCUGCAAACAGACAUUGCAAGAAGCUGAUGAACGAGUCGAGUGUUUCGGGCGUCAGAUGUCAAUCUGCCGGUGUUAAGCGCAGUGUUGAGACUUACGGGCGACAGAGCCAAAGUUCUGAUGUGAUGAAGUCAAGAAGUAAUCCUGACUUUCUGAAGAACCGUACUAAACCAAAACAACCAAGCAGAUCCAAGAGUCUGAGGGAGCGUCUCUCUUUCCAGGAGAGAAUGAACCUUUUUGAAUCGGGCGGCAAAUAGAAAGAUCUCUGUGUCUCUGUAUGUGUGCACUUUUUUCACAAUUUUUGUGUCUUGUAUAUGGGCUUAAUUUAAUAUUUAUACAUAAAGGUAAUGGGGUUAAUUUUUUUUAUUUGUGAUUUUGUAUAUUAUGAUGCGGAGAUCUUUCUUUGGUCUGUCCCUUCUGUCCCUGGUAUGUUAAAUAUGUUGUCACAUAUUUGCUAUAAUUUAUUUUUAUAGCACUUUUAGUUCAUUUAAAAUGUAACUACUGCUUGACUUGAUUGUUUUUUUCUAAAUAAAAUCAAAAGUAAAAUUUUUUUUUUAAAUGCUAAAUGUGUUGUAAGUCAUUUGUACACCUCUCUUCAGAAAGCUGUGUAGUUCUUUGAUCUUUCUCAUUCACUGCCUCUUUCCAAAUACAAAGUCAAAGGUGUUUUUUUUCAACCACAUCUGUAGCAUA